AUGACAACCAGAAGAUUAUAUGAUGUUAAUGUUACUAUUACAAACUUUAAUUUAGAAAACAUUAUACCUGGAGAUAUACCUGAUUAUAAAGUAGAAAGAAGUAAUUUGUGGAUGCAAAGCUCAAUUGAAUCUUUGUCUGAAAAAGAAGUUUCAGAGCAUGUUAAAGAAUGGAAAUUUGAUUUACCAAUUGAGGAGGAUCUAAUUUCCUCAAUUAAAAUAAAAAUAAAGAAUUUAUCUGAAUUAUUUAAAAAUUAUUUAAAUAAUGAAAAUGAUUUAGACUUUCGAUUUAUCCCUUAUUUUAAAUUUAUUGAUUAUAAAUUAGAAAAAUUUCCCUGUUUUUCUUUAUUUGUUGAAACAUUAAGAAAUGAAAAAUCAAUUAAAUUAAGUCAAGGAGGGUUAAAUGAUUCUUAUGAUACGUUUCCAAUGUGGGAAAAAUUAGCUAUUGAAUUAG